GAUCUCAUUCAUUUCAAAAUUUAUAUACUGUCGUAUCGCCAGAAAUCAAAUUCAUCAUCUUUAAUACAAUAUUUCUAGACCAGACAUCGGCUUGUCUGUCAUCCACCCAAAGUUUCCACCAUGAUUUCCAAAUCCUUUUCCAAAGAUGAGACACUAUGGAUCUCCAUAGUUGUGUACAUUGUCGUCUUAAUGGUAAUGGGCAUUGUUAUCUGGUGGGGGGCUUGCUCUCGACGAUCAAGACGCAAUAAAAUUAUGGACGAAGAACAAGCCAUCGUUUCCGAAGGCACUGUUAACAGUUCUGGGGUGAUGAUUGAGAGAUAAUCAGUGGAAUGACGACGUUGAGGUCGUAUAUUGGGAGAUUGCCUACGUUCUUAGACGCUUGUACUGAAGCACUAGAAGCGGAGUGUCAAAUUCCAAGUUCCGACACUAAUAAGAGGCUCUGAGAAUCCGAGGAAGGUAGAUCAGUGACAGAGCGUUACUACUAGUGGUUGAGACAUGUUGUUGUACCUAUUGAAAAGUCCUUUUUUGAGAGAGAGAGAGAGAGAGAGAGAGCUCCAAGCCCCCGCCGCAGCAAAGCGUACAUAUCGACCUUCUAUUUUACGAAAAUCAUUUUUAUCUAUUUUACAGAGUCGAUGUUCAUCAAAAUGUUUAUAUCACGCAAUCAAGUUACCUAUACAUUCACUCAAUGCAAUGCUCCAAUUUCGAUAGACUAUAUUUGAAUGAAUCACGAUUCUGCUCUUUAUUACAGCACCCUACUGGCAAGAAUAUGUUGUGCUUACAUACUUGGGUCAGAGAGGCUCUUCGAUUCGCAACAGCUAAUCCAAUAUGGAAAAAUGAAUACUCCAUCAAUAACUGAAAUUGCUCAUGCCAACGUAUCAACAAGAUCAUCGAUAAUCCUCUUCCCAACUAACAUUUACAACUAUCAUCGACGCUGUAUUACUUCAUCUGGUAUCUUCUCACUAAAGCUAAAGAGAUCAUGGCAUCUUCACAGCAACCAAGAUCUAUUUCCAGCAUUGCGAAUUGGGAGUCGUCUCACCUGGACAGGAUGUACGUUAAAGACCUUGUGGAGCUUCAUCAACAGGAUCUAAAGCAACGAGAAGUGAUGUCAAUGAUCCAAUGGCAGAGAGUUGAGAUGGGAAGCAACCCUAAUAUGGAAAGAGAGAAGAUCUUCGCCGAACAUGUCACCAAAAUUUGGAUUAAAAACGUCAUCUUCGUUAGGGAGGGACAGAAGUGUAUCAUCGCAAAUGAUAUUGGUCACCGCAAGGACUUUUGCUAUCCAUGGUUUGAAGAGCACUUUGACAGUCGACAUCGAAGGUAUUGCGUCGAUCCGCGUGGCUUAAGCCUCAAGGAAGUUGACCAUACAAGCAAGGACCGCAGAGCUUUUAUGAAAGACACCCAACACAAAAGCGAGAAAGAAUGGCAUUUACCACAAAGCCACGAUCGCCAUUUCUCCAAAUUUCCUCGAGAGAUUAUCCAAAAAAUAUUAGGUCAACUUAUUCAAAUUAUUGAUGCCGCACUUGUGCCUCGAAUCGCGACGACCAAUUGGAGAAAAUACUUUACCGGCUCACCCCACCACACGACUAGUCGGCAAAAGUAUCCAUAUACGACGACCGAGGUCGGUGUACUCACCACGACUAUACAUGGCAAACUGAUGGUAUUACGUAGAGUUCACCAAAGCCCAAUAGACGCAACUUGUCUGCGAGUGUGUAAAGCCUGGAACCAAGCAGGGAGUCGAUUCCUGUACCGAUUCAACUGCUACGAUUUCAAGACCAACAAUCCGACUAGAGAUGCAAGUCCUGGAAAUUGGAUCGACGGCAACAUUUGGCGACCAACUCCGAACAAACCCUAUAUCAUAGCUCAAGAUGACUCACCUAGGAUCUUCAAUGCUAGAAUACAGAAGGGCAUAAAAGACAUUCAGAGACAAGUGGCGAUUAAGAAAUUAGUAGGAUGGGUGUAUCACGAUCCUUUCUUGCGCUUUUUGUACAUGAUUGGUGCCAAAAAUGCAGCACUUCUUCGCACCCUGUCCUUUUCUGGCGAGGUUCGCUGUCAUCAAUGCGGGCCGGGACACUUUUGCGAUGAGUGUCUUUUCGAGAGCUUUCGGGUUUACAUUCCCGUUAUGAAUGCGCUUUGUCCCAAUGUACAGAAAUUGAUUUUGAAUAUCAAGACAGAUAGCCAAGCGCAGGCCGUCAAUACGUUCGUGAGAAAAGUCCGCCACUUUUUCGAGGGAGAACUUCGAAAACUGAGAUCUGUUACGGAACUGGUGGUAGAGGAUUUGAUAGUAGAGGGCUACGAACUACCGGAUGGUGAUAUCAGAAGUGUCUCGAUCGCUCAACUGGCAGAGCCAACGGUCACUUAUUUCCGAGAAAGAGCUUCUUGAUCAGGCAAUAGCCAAAGGUCAUACAUCUACAAGAGAUUGAUCUAGAGGUGUGAUUUUGGGAAUCUGGUUUUGGGAACAUAAUUUCGGGAAUCUUUGAAGAUAUGUGUAGCAGUUGACUCAGGUUCAAGAUGUCAAUGUAGGGGGCGGGCAUAUAUGGAUGUAAAUGGAAGGCUUUUGUGAUGUAUGUUCGACAUUGUAGUCGAGGGUUGAGAUGGAGGAUGAUAACUGCGUAGGUGGUAGUAAAAUAGUUACCUAUCCAAUUUUGAAUGUGAUUAUUCACACAUGAAUCAUGGCAUCCAAUGGCAAGGUUAAUACAAGACUGAUUAAAUAUAAACACUAAACAAGUUGACUAACUACUGCCA